AUGCUCGCUCUUGCUCUUGCCGGUCUUGCCCUUCCCCUCGCUGCUCUCGCCGCACCCGCGGAGCUUGCGACUCGCGCAACGACGUACUGUGGCCAGUAUGACCAGGUGACCGCCGGAACGUACACUCUAUUCACCGACGAAUGGGGCGUCGGAUCGGGUGUGAGCGGUUCGGGAUGUGCCACUAUCACCUCGCAGUCCUCGAACACCAUUGCUUGGACCAACACAUGGACGUGGUCGGGCGGCAGUGGCAUCAAGAGCUAUACCAACGUGCAGCAGAACGCGAACGCUAACAGGAAGCUCUCCUCGAUCGGCACGAUGAACUCCAUCUGGAAGUGGUCGUACUCGAUUGGUAGCAGUGCCGUCGCAAACGUGGCUUAUGACAUGUUCACGAGCUCGACGUCCGGCGGCUCUUCUCAGUACGAGAUCAUGGUCUGGCUUGCUAACUACAAUGCGGGCCCCAUCUCGUACAACUACAACUCCGCUGGCCAGCCCGUUGCCAUCAAGAGCAGCAUCAGCGUCGCAGGCCACACCUGGAACCUCUAUGAGGGCACAAACGGCGCUAACGUCGUUUUCUCAUUCUUGCCGACGUCGGGAACUAUCACCUCUUUCAGCGGCGAUCUCAAGGCCUUCUUCACUUACCUCAUCAACAACGAGGGGCUCUCGUCGUCGCAGUACCUUACUACCCUCCAGGCUGGUAGCGAAGCCACCUCGGGCUCGGGCACCCUCACCACGUCCUCCUACACGGUCAACAUCAACUAA